AGCAAAACGAGUGACUGAGCACACAUAAAAUUAUUCUUAAAGUUAAAAUAUACAAUCAUGACAGUUGUCAUGGUAAAGGUGAUUUUUGGGGUGAUUUUAGUUAUGUACUCAGAAGCUGUCACGUUAAACCUGACCUACACACCCAACCCGGCCCUGGAGAAUUCUGCCGUGACACUAACAUGCUCCUACACAGGACUACAGUCCAAUGAGACCAUAAUACGUGUAACCUGGGAUGUCAAGGUUCCAAAUGAAACCAUAUACACAAAGGGAAGGAUAAGUAUGCCUUCGUGUACUGAUUUUGGUUUCUCAGAUACCAGUUUUUACAGAUUUAACUGUGGAGUGGGUAAUUUCUCAUGGACAAUCCUCAAUGUCACUAGGAAUAAUGAACAGAAUAUGUGGCGGAGUGUAAUUUCUACAACAGCAACGACAUACAUGGUCAACACAACACUAUAUGUUCAAGUCCCUAUCACGGCAGUAAGCAUGACAGCACCUACAGAUUCAACGGUGACAAUCAACGCUGGUGAUUCUGAGACGUUCAAAUGUAGGACCUCAGGUGGACUUCCCCAGGCAACAAUCAAAUGGUUCAAGGUGACAGGAAACACGUGUUCUCAAUAUGGAAUGGAGCUCAAGUCUUCAGUUUCCAAUUCUUCUGUCAUCGUUGUCAAGGGAUUGAGGCAAGUAGACAGUACCAUGCUCUUCAAUGCUACAAGUACCGAUAAUGGACUGAGAAUAUGUUGCACUGCCAGUAAUGUUGCCGAGAUGCAGCGUGUGUCUGAAACCAAACUGCUGGAUGUCAGAUAUGCACCAUCCGGCCCUCCAGUCAUCAUAGGAUAUGCCAGUGGCAGUAACUACAGUAUGAUAGAAAACAGAACAGAAAUUCUAACAUGCAGCAGUACGGGCGGUAACCCACUGGCGACUCUUACCUGGGACUGCUUCAACGGCCAGAUGUUCAGUCCUACUGUACAAGGCAGUAUGGUAAAAAGGGUUGUUCAGUGGACAGCAAGGCGUAAUGAGAACGCCAGGUGCACGUGUACAGCUUCACACGUGACCGGACAAAAUCAGUCCCAGAGUGCCUUUGUCAAUGUAAAGAUAUUAUGUAAGUACAUAUUGUGUUAUAACGUUCCUGAGAGCAUUGUUACUGCAAGUCCUACCAUAGAUGGAUCAAUCACAAAUACUGUAAUAGCAAUGCGUUAAUCAGUUAUUAAGAACAUUGUGAAAGCAAAUGUUUGAAAAGCAUGACAGAACAGUGACAAUGGCAAAUAAGUAUAAAGUGAAAUUUCUUUUCUACAUCGUAAUUAAUACAAUAAAUGCAGUAACGUCAAUUUGUUGGAAUAUUAUUAGUAGCAUAUAUAUUAGUGUGGAUUCUAAAAGAAUGUGCCGAACCUCUCAAUCUGGUGACGUAAAAUCUUAAGUCAUGUGGCAAAACAGUUAAUGUAAGUAAACUGUUAUCAUACAAGUUUAACACACCACUAGUUUUUUGUCAUUAACCAUGUUUCAUGAAACGUAUCAAUUCAGGUUUGUCUGAAUAGGCUAACACAUGUUUUAAAAACUCACAACGAUGGAUUAUUGAAAACAUAUAAACAAUAUCAACUUUCCAUUUUGACAAUCUUUAACUAGCACAUCAUAUUGUUCUUUAACUAUAACAUUCUGAGUGCGUGGUAUUAACAGGAGAGUAUGCCCUAAACCGUCAUAUACUGCAUUUGGUGCAUGGGCACAUACAUUCAAAACAAUUUUCCGAAAUUCGUUCCAUUUGAUUUUGCUUUCCGAAUAACGAAAUAACAGAUCAAUAACCCAAUUUUGAACCAACAAAAUCUUUAAAAGGUUGUCAUAAGAUGUUCGGCAUCAAAUUGUACUUUUUGCAACAAGCUAAUAACAAAUUCUGUACACCAAAAGACCUUUCCAUCACGAUGUUCUUUGUUCAGAGGUAAUGUAUAAGUGUAACUAAACCCAGUCAACAAAUGACAUGAGGUCAUCUAAAGUGUUGUUGUGACAUCUAAUGUUCGUUUCAAAGCAAAUUAUCGUUCGUGAAAUAUGUCUUACAUUUAUAUAUUCAUUCGGAACUCAUCGGCCAUUUUUAUUGAAAACAACCUCGGAUGUAUAUGGACGCUUAACAUACUCAGAAAUUGGUAUGUUUAAGCCCGCUGCAAGUAGAUCACGUAGUAAUUUAAUUUUGCAGUUUAACAUUAUGACUUAACUCUUGGAAAUCUUAAUAAUGUUCGCAGUAAUGCACUUCGCUGGCAAUCAAUUUAAAUUUUGAUAAAGAAAAUAUCUCCUAAACUUCUACAUUUAAUUAAUGAUAUCUUCAAAAUUGUGCUAACUACUUCUACUGAUAUAGCGGCAUACAUCCGAGGUGUUCCGAAUUAUAUAUUGACAUCAAGGCUACACUUAUUUUACAGUAAAACAGUGGAGUUCUAGUAAUAUAUAUUGAUGCUUAAAAUAGUCAUACGAUCUUCAAAAGGUACUAUAAAAGUAAGAGGCCUGAAUUCAUAUAUUUCUGUAAAAUAAUUCUAAAUCGUCUUGUAAUAGUAGAGAAAAUAAGACAGAGGACGUAUCUUUAUCUUGCCCAAAAUCAAAAGCAUAUUCAAGGAAAUCAGAAAUCGAAAGAAUUAUUUAAGGAUAUAACACUAUGCAAUGUGGGUAUGUCUUUUCGUUGAGUAUUUGAACUUACUUCGAAAGUGGAAACUAUUAUAUUUUGUUUGGUUUAUAAAUGCACUGCUUUCGAGUUCAUACUGUCUCCGAUGAGGCUUAAAUGUUCGAGUUUAAUGUUGCGGUAAGUGUGGUUUGGCACCUGCAGACUGGUUUGAUCCAACAGUGAGUUCUUACUUAUUUCACAUUGGCCUACGAAGGCAACCUAUCAUUAACCAAUGGCGACAUAUUGACAUUUGUUCAGUAUGUGUUGUCAUGUAAAGUUGUGUCUAUGGUUUGUGUUUGUUUGGCAUUAAUCAUUUUGCUUUUAAAAAGGAUUUUGGUUAAAUAUUUAGCAACUGGACAUCUCCCUGUUAUUUAUUUUGUUUUAUUGAUAAACUGAGUGUUCAUCAAAUCCAUUUGAAAUCUUUCCAACGUAUUUUCAUAACUGUGUUUUAUACUAAUUAAUGCUUUUGUAAGUAACUAAUUGAGUGAUUAGAUGUAUCCUUUGUUAGUUACGGAUAUUAGACGUUUAAUAUCGUUUCAAACGCGUGUUUAAAGAUGCCUCCUUACUCGCUGGUAAGAUUGACCACAAUUAUUACGAAUGUGUUGAUAUACCAAAAAGGAUAAAUAAAUGUCGGAAACAAUGGUUCUUAUAAAAAAAUACCGAGUUUAAUCUGAAAGAAAGGUGCAGAAAACACGGUAUUUCUAUCAUAUGAGACUUUAUUAGACCACAGUAAAACUUUUAGCACUCAUUUAAUAUUUUUUACGUUUUCAGCUAUUAAAUACACGGUUACAAUCUUGUAUUCAGUAAUUAAUAUUCUCAAUAAAUGCGUUAUUAAGUAAGUAGUAAGGAGCAUAUCACACAAAAUUUAUCUUUGUUAUACAUGUGUAUAUAUUGAAUUUGAGAGUGUCACUUUAAAUUCAGAUA